AUGCGGAUGCCUCCCAAAGGUGGCUCUGUGGCCAGGGCCAUUUUGGAGAGCAAAAAGUAUGAGGUGAGAGCACUGGCCAGGGAUGUGACUCAACCAAAUGGGCAGGUGCUCCGGGACCUUGGGGCCGAGGUGGUAAAAGGCGACCUGAAUGACAAAGCAUCAGUGGAGACCUUGAAAGGAGCCUUCAUGGUGACCAACUUCUGGGACCAUUUCAGCAAAGAGAAAGAAAGACUGUGGAAGGGCAAGAGUGGAAACAAGGAGCCCAAAUUUGCAAUAAUCCAAGUCAGAGAUGAUGGUGGCUUAGACCAGGGUGAUAGCAGUGAGGAUGCACUGCCCAUGGGGGAUGUACCAAUGGAUGGUAUCUCUGUUGCUGAUGUUGGAGAGGUCAUCUGCAGCAUUUUUAAUUUGCCAGAGAAGUUUGUAGGCAAGACCGUGGGUCUCAGUGCAGAAGCACUAACAGUACAGCAAUAUGCUGAUGCUUUGUCCAAGGGUUUGGGGAAAGAAGUCCGAGAUGCAGAGAUCACCCUGGAAGCUUACGAGAAGCUAGAAUUUCCUGCAGCGAAGGAAAUGGCCAAGAUGUGUCAUUUCUAUCAAAUGAAGCCAGACUGUGAUAGCAAGCUCACCCACCGACUGAACCACAAAGUCAAAAGCUUCAGCCAGUUCAUCUCAAAGAACCAGUCAGCCUUGAAGGGCAUUUACGCUGUUCACACAGGCCCCUGA